AUGGCUUCUGAAUUGGCGGCCAACACAGGCCCGCCGCUGGACGAAAUACAAUGGCGAGCUCCGCCCGAUUUCGAGCAGGGCAUUCACAGCAACAGCGUGCUCUACUACUUCGCCCAAUCGCCAUUUUUCGACAAGACGUCCAAUAAUGAAGUUGUUUUUCAGCAAGGGCUCAACAACCCGAAUAUGACGCAGUUCUUGGCGACCCGAGAGCUCUUUGAAGGCCGCCUAAAGACAAUGUCGGGGCUCGAGUUCGUCGUGGCGCAGGAACCGGCCGAGACGGGUCCAGGAGCCGGAACCGGUGUGUGGGUCAUCAACAAGCAGACACGGCGCAAGAGACAGGGCGAAGAGGACGAGAUCAUUGUGCACGCAACCUACUUUAUUGUCGGCGAGAACAUCUACAUGGCACCGACCCUAGGCGACAUCAUCAGCUCGCGCAUUGCCUCAAUAUCCUCCUCAAUAGCAAAGCCGCUGCCCAUUGCGGCAAGCAUUCAAUCCUGGUCCGCCUCGCUUGGGCGCGUGUAUCAAACCCCUACCGGCGGGACCCAGACCACCACAGGCACCAAAACGCAGCGCGAGGCAACCCCCCUUCCACCCAGCAACAAGCCCACAGCCAGCAACCAACCCAGCCCCCGGUUCCUUGAAGAGGCGCUCGCAAUCCACCACCAAUUCGGCGAGCAGUACAUGGAUGAGAAUCCGAUAACUGGAAAGCCGGGCGAAUUCCACCUGUCGUCCACGGGGCGCAAGGGGCCCGCCGUGAACCUGUCCGCCGCCGCUGCCGCCAACCUCAAGAAACCUACCCUCCUUCCUGCCCUGCCCACCCUCAACACCAAGCUGGCGGCCGAGAACCCUCUCGCAGGAGGGAAAGCGGGAAAGGAAACUAAAAGUCCUAGGACACCCGGUGGUAGUGCUACCGGUGGUGGGAGCGGUUUGCAGAAGGGGAAGAAGAGGAAGGGGAGUAAGGCCGUAGCUACGCCUUCUUAG